AUGGCGCUUCUGAGGCUGAGCCCCGGCGACGUCGCCGGAUUCAAAGUUUUUUUCGCGCUGCUCGUUCUGUACGGGCUGAUAUCAUACCUCGUUCACUCCGUCAUCCACAUGAAGUUCGUCACGCCCCUCGGUGCGGACGCGCCGCUGGAUCGCUUCUCAGAAGCCAGAGCGAUCCAGCACGUGCGCGUGCUGGCGGAGGAAAUCGGUGGUCGUCAGGAGGGGAGUCCAGGUCUGAGACAGGCAGCAGUAUACAUUAAAACACAUUUAGAACAGAUUAAAGAAAGAGCUGGAUCGAAUUUUAGGGUAGAGAUAGAAGAAACUGUUGUUAAUGGCUCCUUCAAUAUGAUCUUUUUAGGAAAGAGCAUCUCUCUAACUUAUAGGAAUCACACAAAUAUUCUUAUGAGGAUUUCGUCAGUUGAUUCACAAGACAGUGACCCAUCAGUGUUGUUAAAUGGACAUUUUGAUACCCCUGCUGGUUCACCAGGAGCUGGUGAUUGUGGCUCAUGCGUUGCAUCGUUGCUUGAAUUAGCGAGGCUCACUAUUGAUUCUGGUUGGAUUCCUCCUCGGCCAAUAAUAUUCUUAUUUAAUGGAGCUGAAGAAUUGUUUAUGCUGGGUUCACAUGGUUUCAUAACGACACAUAGAUGGCGUGAUACGGUUGGUGCUUUUAUUAAUGUCGAGGCAUCUGGGACAGGAGGAUUUGCAGAUUUGGUGUGCCAAUCUGGACCUGGACCUUGGCCUUCAUAUAUUUAUUCUCAGUCAGCCAUAUAUCCUAUGGCAAAUAGUGCAGCUCAGGAUGUCUUUGGGGCAAUUCCUGGUGAUACAGAUUACAGAAUGUUCGCCAAUGAUUUCGGUGACAUUCCUGGCUUGGAUAUUAUCUUUCUGCUUGGUGGUUAUUAUUACCACACCUCAUUUGAUACUGUAGAAAGACUAUUACCAGGAAGCAUGCAAGCACGCGGGGAUAAUCUAUUUAGUUUAAUGAAAGCCUUUGCUAAUUCUACUAAGUUAUUAACUGCUCGAGAACGAGAAAUCUUUGGAGCUGCUUCCAAUGGAUCCAGAGGAGAAAGACCAGUUUUCUUUGAUUACUUCGCGAAGUUGUUGGUCUUUUACUCAAGAAAGCAAGCAAUGGUGUUCCACUGUGUUCCAUUGGCUAUCUUUGGCCUUAUGCCACUUUUGUUGUGUUUGAGAACUGGUAGUCUAUUCUCUAUCAUCAGUUCUUACCACGACUUUCUUAAAGGAUUGUUGUAUCAUGCUAGUGGCAUAAUUCUCGCCAUUGUUAUUCCUGUAACUUUUGCUAUCUUGAGGUUGCUGUUCACAGGAAAAUCAAUGAACUGGUUUGCUAAUCCAUUUUUGGCCUUCCUAAUGUUUGUGCCAUGCUCAGUUGUUGGUCUGUUGGUUCCAAGAUUUUUAUGGAGACAAUUUUCUCUCUCUCAAGAUGUUUCAGCCAACAUAUUAUCAAGGGAGGAAGUGGUUGAUGAAGCAAGGUUCUGGGGAGCAUUUGGGUUCUACGCCCUCCUGACUUUGGCGUAUCUUUUAUCUGGGUUGAGUGGAGGCUUUGUGGCAUUCCUUGUUUCAGCUUUUAUGCUUCCUGCAUGGAUCUUUUUUCGUCUGUCAACCAAGUUCUUCGGUCACCAAUCUCUCAGGUCAACAGCAUGCUAUGUGAUCCCUUUAGUACCUUGCUUGAUGUACUCCAUAUACUUUGGUGGAUUUUUUGCCGCGUUCUUAAUCGAGAAAAUGGGCAUGACAGGCUCUCUUCCGCCUCCUUAUGGUUAUUUUGUCCCUGAUGUAAUAGUUGGAGCCGUCAUUGGAUUAGUAACAGGCUGGUGUGUUGGUCCUCUAAUACCUGUGGUUGGAAAAUGGUUGACAAAAUCAUCAAUUGUACGACUUUUACUGCAUGGCACUGUACUUUCUUUGGCUGUAUCAUCACAAUAUUUUCCGUACAGCAAAGAUGCACCUAAGAGAGUCAUUCUCCAGCACACAGUUCAGACCUCAGGUCCAAACCAAAUUUCGGAUGCCAGCUUUGAUUUUGCCGUAGUUGACUCCAACUCCCUGAUGUUUGUUUUCAAACAUGCGCCGGAAGCUGCAAAAGAGCUGCAUGGUAAUCGGGAAUUAAGUUUCGACACCGUUCAUCAGUCUGAUUUUGAAACGUGGAAGGGAAUUUUUCCAAUAUCUUCUCUAUUCUCGAGAAGUUUAAAGUUCCCCAAGAACACCGAGGAUAUCUUGGAGCAAUAUAAACAUUUCCCACAUUUAUCUAUUGAUAAACCCAAAGUCAUUCCUGCCGGAGGACCUCGGAGAUUCAACAUAGAAUUUUCCUUAGGUUCUUUGAAGGAGGUGUGGGUUGCAGUCCUCAACAUUACUGGUCCAUUAUCAAAUUGGUCGUUCGCGAAUAAUAUUGUCCCAGCACCCGUCAAAGUUAGCAACGGGCCACCAUCAUACAUAUGCAGGUUGAGCGGCGCAGCCCAUGAGAACUGGACUUUCUGGUUGGAGGUGGCUGGGUCGGGAUCUCUGAGAGUCGAUAUUGCUGUAGUUGACUUAUAUUUGACUGAGCCGGUGAAGUACUCGAGGGAGCCCGAUAACCCCACCAAAUCCUGCAAGGCUAGGGGAUCCGAUCUCAGGGUUCAUUUCAAGAACACCAGAGAGACUGCACAUGCUAUCCGUAAGCUACCACUUACCAAGGCCAAGAGAUACUUAGAAGAUGUGCUUGCCCACAAGCAGGCUAUCCCAUUCACUCGUUUCUGUGGAGGCGUUGGGAGAACUGCUCAGGCAAAGAACAGACAUUCUAAUGGGCAGGGUCGUUGGCCCGUUAAAUCUGCCAAGUUUAUCCUGGAUUUACUCAAGAAUGCUGAAAGCAAUGCUGAGGUGAAAGGUUUGGAUGUGGAUGCACUCUAUAUUUCUCAUAUUCAGGUUAACCAGGCUCAGAAGCAAAGGCGCCGCACGUAUCGUGCUCAUGGACGAAUUAACCCUUACAUGUCCUCCCCCUGCCACAUUGAGUUGAUACUUUCGGAAAAGGAAGAGCCUGUCAAGAAAGAGCCUGAAUCUCAGUUGGCAGCAAGCAACAAACCUAGGAAGGCUUGA